UUCUCUCGUGGUAGUAUCUCACCGUCGCAAAUACCAUGUUUUGUUUUCCACACCAUGAUACUAUUUCUCAGAUUCUGCCCAGUGCGCAACUGUUGCAAACGAGUAGAAAAGUUCCGACUUUUCACGACCCUUUUGCGAGAUUCAGAGCCCCAUCACCCUCACGUGAUCUCCACCAACAUCUCCAUUGCCCACCGUGCUAAAACCGGCGAACUAGCAGAAGCACGCCACAUGUUCGACGAAAUGCCGCUUCGAACAGUUUCUUCAUGGAACACCAUGAUUUCUGGCUACAGCCAAUGGGGGAGGUACGAUGAGGCUCUGGCUCUUGCUUCCUUCAUGCAUCGCUCUUGCGUCAAGCUCAAUGAGAUUUCUUUCUCCGCGGUUUUGAGCUCGUGCGCGCGUUCUGGGUCGUUGUUUCUUGGAAAGCAAGUUCAUUCACUCCUUUUGAAAUCUGGGUUUGAGAAGUUUGGCCUUGUGGGUAGUGCUUUGUUGUAUUUCUGUGUGCGUUGUUGUGGAAUUGGUGAAGCUGAGCUGGUUUUUGAGGAGCUGCGUGAUGGGAAUCACGUGUUGUGGAGUUUGAUGCUUUCGGGUUAUGUGCAGCGUGACAUGAUGGGUAAUGCUAUGGACUUGUUUGGAAAAAUGCCUGUUCGGGAUGUUGUGGCGUGGACUACAUUGAUAUCAGGUUAUGCAAGGAGGGAAGAUGGGUGUGAGAGGGCUUUGGAUUUGUUUCGGUGUAUGAGGAGGUCUGAGGUGUUGCCUAAUGAGUUCACUUUGGAUUGUGUUAUAAGGAUUUGUGCUAGACUUGGGGCUCUACAUGCAGGUAAGGUUGUUCAUGGGCUUUGCAUUAAGGAUGGGUUAGAUUUUGAUAACUCAAUUGGUGGUGCACUUGCUGAAUUUUACUGUGAUCGUGAUGCUAUAGAUGAUGCCAAGAGAGUUUAUGAGAGUAUGGGAGGAGAAGCUUGUUUGAAUGUUGCUAACUCACUGAUUGGGGGCCUUAUCUUGAUGGGAAGGAUUGAAGAAGCUGAGCUGAUAUUUUAUGGAUUGAGAGAGACAAAUCCCAUCUCAUAUAAUUUGAUGAUUAAAGGUUAUGCUAUGAGUAGUCAGAUUGAAAAAUCAAAAAGAUUAUUUGAGAAAAUGGCUCCCAAAAAUUUAACUUCCUUAAAUACUAUGAUUUCUGUGUAUUCCAAAAAUGGUGAACUUGAUGAAGCUGUGAAGCUUUUUGACAAAACUAAAGGAGAACGAAACUCUGUCACAUGGAAUUCAAUGAUGUCUGGUUAUAUUCAUAAUGGUCAGCACAGCGAGGCAUUAAAAUUAUAUGUGACUAUGCGCAGAUUAUCAGUGGACCAUAGCAGAUCAACAUUCUCUGUCCUAUUUCGUGCUUGCACAUCUCUUUGUUCUUUUCAACAAGGACAGUUACUUCAUGCUCACUUAUCCAAAACACCAUUCCAAGCAAAUGUUUACGUCGGCACUGCUCUUGUAGACUUCUAUUCCAAAUGCGGUCACUUAGCUGAUGCUCAAAGGUCAUUUACCAGCAUUUUUUCACCCAAUGUAGCAGCAUGGACAGCUCUUAUAAAUGGCUAUGCAUAUCACGGGCUUGGAUCUGAGUCAAUUUUACUCUUUCGCUCAAUGUUAGUUCAAGGAGUUCUUCCAAAUGCAGCUACUUUUGUUGCUAUUCUUUCAGCCUGUAGCCACGCUGGUCUACUUAAUGAAGGUUUGGAGAUUUUUCACUCAAUGCAAAUAUGCUACAGGGUUACUCCAACAAUAGAACAUUACACAUGCGUUGUGGACCUUCUUGGUCGAUCAGGCCGUUUAAAAGAAGCUGAAGAGUUUAUUAAUCAAAUGCCUAUUGAAGCAGAUGGGGUAAUUUGGGGAGCUUUGCUUAAUGCGUCUUGGUUCUGGAAGGACAUUGAAGUUGGGGAGAGAGCUGCUGAAAAGUUGUUCAGUCUGGAUCCCAACCCAAUAUCUGGUUUUGUCAUUUUGUCCAACAUGUAUGCCAUACUAGGUAGAUGGGGGCAAAAAACAACAAUUAGGAAGAGAUUGCAGAGUUUGGAAUUGAGAAAAGAUCCAGGGUGUAGCUGGAUAGAAUUGAACAAUAAUAUUCAUAUGUUCUCUGUAGAAGAUAAAACCCAUGCUUAUUCUGAUGUGAUUUAUGCAACAGUGGAUCAUCUGACAGCAACCAUUAACUCUAUUAUACCCUUCAAUUAUAUUUAGUAGCAGCAAUGGAGGAAAGCAUUUCUUCUCUUAUUUUCUCUCAGAUGUGGUCAUUGACCUAAAUUUUUCUGGUCAAGCACAGUCUCUCCAAAAGUUGAAGUUUGAGCAUGGAUUCAUGUUGAAAUCUCCAAAGACAGAAGUUAAAAGUGACAAGCUUUUUGCCAGCCUUUGGUUUUGGGAGUUCCUAAUAUAAAGCUAAACACCAAAAUGCAGUUGUUAGCCCAAUAUAGGUGGAAGCUCAUUAUUGGUUUGAUAUCACUAACAUACCCUUUACACAGAAUCUUUAAGACUUGAGGCUGGACAAUACAAAUAUACGUUUUAUAUCAAGCCAUGAACUGCCCCUGAUUCUGAGGCAGAGGAUCAAUGAAGCCUCCAAGAUGCUCUUUGCACAGAGCCCGGAGGAAUAGAGGAAGAUUUAUAGAGACGAGAGCUCAGUGUCUGGUUAUUAUGACACUGCACACCAAGAACGUGAGGGACAGAAAGGAAGUGUUUGAUUUUCUAGCCAAAGAACCCACUUUGCUCCCUGUCACUUCUGAUGAUCAUGAUGAUCGAGUUACUCGGUGGAGUAAUCCAUCCCCUGAAUACCCUCCACACUUCUGUGUUAUACUCCAAGAGUAUAUUCAAGAGAUGGAGAAGUUACUGGAGCUGAUAGCUCUGAGCUUAGGCCUCGAACCAAAAAAGUUUGAACAAUUCUUCAUCAAAGGUCAAACCAGCUUUAUAAGACUUAACCACCAUCCUCCUCGCCCUUAUCCUCUUGCUCUUGGCGUUGAUCAACACAAGGACGCUGGUGCCUUAACCAUUUUUGCCCAAUAUGAGGUCGGAGGAGUCAAAGUGAAAUGAAAGGCAGAUCAACAGUGGGUGAAAGUGGAACCAACCCCAGAUGCUUAUGAGAGUGUUUGUGCAGGUUUGGAGCAAUGAUGCCUAUGAGAGUGUGGAACAUAGAGUGGUGGUUAACUCUGAGAAAGAAAGGUUUUCUAUUCCGUAAUUCUUCAACCCUGCACACGACACUGAAAUCAAGCCUUUGGAGGAGCUGAUAAAUGAGCAAAAUCCUUUAAAAUAUUGGCCAUUCAAAUGGGGCAAGUUUCUUAUGAGGAGAAAGAACAGCAAUUUCCAGAAGCAAAAUGCGGAGAACCUUCUAAUUGAUCAUUAUAAGCUAGCUUGAAGAUAUAUAAUAGGCGCAUCCCUUGGCUUAUUCUUGUAAAUUGGGUAUAAUAUGUUGCAGCAGAUUUAUCCAAGACAAUGCUUCUGAGAUGAGUGACUGCAAUCAAAUUUGCUGCUAAAAUUACUAGUGUGCACUAUAGAUGUUAUUUUCAUUGACUAAAAAAAACUGUAUAAUUACCAUUUAUCAUGUCUGUCUAAAAAAUUGCUUUUCUUUUAUGAUUUAAUGUUUUUCGUUCCCAGUGUAGAGUUGGAACUUGGCUGCGGAUUUGUUGGCUCGCCAAGCGGCUGGAGAUGGGGUGUCGUCUCGGGUUUGAAGGCAACCACCUUCAAGCUUGAUCCCUUCCCUCCUGCAAGAUGCUGUAGUGUAGUUUGCUGUGUUUUUUUU